GGGAAUAUACAUGUAUAAUAUAUAUUGGAUAGAUAAGCUCAGUUAUAAAAAUAAUGCUGAAAAUUUAAGAUUUCUCGAAGGAAGAUAACGUUCGCCAAAGCUUACAGCGAAUAAAAAUUAACUCCAAAUUAAUUGAACAAUUUGUAGGUAAAAUUCUCUUGUUUUUUUUUCACACGCGUUAUAUUUAAUCUUUUUAAUGAUCCUAUUUCUUUUAUCGUACACAUUUCAUAUCUGAAAACGCUUUAAGAAAUUAUAUAUCAAUGCAAUUUUAACUGAGAUAUUAUCACGCUACUUCAGAAUGAGAAUUUAAUUAUAGCUUAAUUAUAGCUUUUAAAUCGUUUUGUAUUAAAUAACUUUAUGGUAAGUGAAAUGUUAUCAAAUAACUUUGAGUUGGGUAAAAUUUUAUAAUCUUAGCCUCGCUACGUUAUAUAACAUUUAAAAUUCAACAAGUAUUUGAUUUAUUUGCAAGAGACACUUUGCAUAUGACAUUUCGAAAAAACAUUUAUUCUUCGGACUUUGCAACGCGGAGUCGCAACGCCCGAAACUUCAAUACCCCUCUAGAUGUCGAAAUUUCAAGUCACCAGAUAUUCCCAUGUUAUCGGCAUGAGACACGCGAUAAUGUUUCUUCGCUCUUUCCUUCCGUUUCUUUCCUUCCACGUAUGUACAUGCAUGUAUCACGAAAAGUCUCCUUCAAUCUCACUGGGCGGAAUCUCGCUAUCUGGAGCAGACCUUUCUCUCUCGCUCGAGUCACGCUUGUCCCAAGCAGUCGGUUCCAGGUAGCCUGACUCACCUGGUCUUGCGCGGAUAUUUACUCCCGUCUCGGUUUAUAUUCAUUAAAACAUGUACCGUUUUUAUGUUGCCGUGAAAUUGCCGCCCUCGUCAUGUGUAUGCGCGUGUUUCUCACAUAUAUCCUGAAUUUCUGAUGAUUAUAAUACAACUGACUUCCAGACGCGAAAUGUACUUUUGCGUGAUUGCGUUAAUUUUUUAUGGCUAGAUAUAUGGUUGUUAAGGUGUGCGGGAUUUUAAGUGUUACAAUGUUGUUUGUGAUAACGAUACUGGGAACUUAGCGCGGCUUCGUUGUAAUCGAGUUCAGUGCUUCUUUAUGUCUUUGUGAAAGAGUAGUGACGAUUAUACUUCAGUAAAUUAUCGUUGGUUUGCGGUUACACGAGGUUCCUGUCUCAUUUUCGUAGCUACGUAUACGCGAUAUUUACUACUGUGAUACGCCUAUCUUUUAGAAUUAUCGAAGCCUUAGCUAGUCGGAAAAAGUGUGAAAUAAAUUAUAAUUGAACGUGACAAAAUAUAAUUUCGUACGCGACGAACGCGAAAAACUAGUAUCCGUAUCACGCAAUCUAAAUGAAAUGUACAAGUUCAACGGUCCGUUGGUUCAUCGAGUGAAGCUGGCGUAUCGCAAUCUAACGGAUAUCACGAUGGUGAAUGAGGUGGACCGCUCGAUAUCGUAUGAAAACAUAAGAUUACUUAGGGAUGGCGAGGACGACGACGACGAUUAUGAGGGUACCACGCAUCUGGUGCGCGUACCUUCACGCGUGUCGCAAGCACGGCAACUCAUGGAGGAGACCAGGACGGUUAAAAUUGAUAUUCAGGGCAUGACCUGCCAGAGCUGCGUGACGAACAUUGAGAGGAUAAUCGGCAAGAGACCCGAUGUCGUCAGGAUCAGGGUGAUUCUGGAGGAGGGAGCGGGUUACGUAGAGUACAAGACGCACGAGACUACGCCUGAUGCAUUAGCGGAGGCGAUCGAGGAAAUGGGAUUCACUGCCGGCGUAUCGAUGUCUGACGACGGAGAAGACGAACUGAACAAUUCCUUAUUAUCUGGUAGCAACACCUGCAGCAUAUACGUAGACGGAAUGACGUGUAUGUCGUGCGUUAAGAAUAUCACUGAUGUUCUGUCCGAAAAGCCUGGUAUAAUAAACGUAAAUGUUAGCUUGGAAGAUAAAGAAGCCACCGUCAUUUACAAUAGCGAUAUCAUAACAGCCGAUCAAAUAGCAAAUCAUAUAGAAGACAUGGGCUUUACCGCCUACGUAAAGGAAGCGAACGACAAGGCUGUGAAAUCGCAAUCGGCCGCUGCUCUUAGUAAGAAGAAAGGAAGCGAGAAGAAGAAAGGGAGUGAGAAAAGGAAGGCGGAUGCGAUGCAAGCAAACGGUGCUGGUGACAUCAAAGAACCACAACAAUUGUCAAAGUGUUUCCUGCAUAUAUUAGGUAUGACUUGCGCUUCCUGUGUCGUCGCGAUAGAAAAACACUGCAGAAAGCUGUACGGCGUCCACAGCGUAUUAGUGGCUUUGAUGGCCGCCAAGGCAGAAGUCACAUACGAUUCUGACAAAAUAAGAGCGGAGGAUAUUGCUUCUAGUAUAUCGGAAUUGGGUUUCCCUGCGACUUUAACGGAGGAACCCGGAACUGGAGGAGGCGAGAUCGAAUUAAAAAUUGCGGGCAUGACGUGUGCGUCCUGCGUAAAUAAAAUAGAGUCGACCGUGAAGAAAUUGCAUGGUAUACGAUCGGCGGCGGUCGCUCUAGCGACGCAGCGGGGCAAGUUCAAGUACGAUGUGGAAAUAAUCGGUGUCAGAGAUAUCGUCGACUGUAUUAAUAAAUUAGGUUUCACGGCCAGUCCAUUAGGCACUAGAGAUAAAGAGAAUAGGGACUAUUUGGAUCAAAAAGAAGAGAUAAGUAAAUGGCGAACGGCAUUCUUGGUGUCGCUAAUUUUUGGAGUUCCGUGUAUGAUAACGAUGAUAUAUUUCAUGGUGAUUAUGUCUCACGAUAAGAAGACGCACGAGGAUAUGUGUUGCAUAAUACCUGGUCUUUCCUGGGAAAAUCUGUUACUCUUUGUAUUUUCGACACCGGUACAGUUCUUUGGCGGUUGGCAUUUUUACGUGCAAGCUUAUAGAGCUUUGAAACAUAAUACGACCAACAUGGACGUUUUAAUCUCAAUGACUACCACGAUUUCUUAUCUUUAUUCCAUCGCCGUUCUCACUGCCGCUAUGAUAAUGCAAGAGAAUGUCAGUCCGCAGACGUUCUUCGAUACCCCGCCGAUGCUGCUGGUUUUCAUCAGUCUGGGAAGGUGGCUCGAACAUGUAGCGAAGGGAAAGACGUCCGAAGCACUCUCAAAAUUGUUAUCUUUGAAAGCCACGGAUGCAGUGUUGGUUUCGCUAGGAAAGAAUAAUGAAAUAUUAUCAGAACGCUUGAUAAGCAUCGACUUAGUGCAACGCGGCGAUGUACUGAAAGUAGUUCAAGGCGCCAAAGUACCUGUUGACGGCCGAGUGCUAUCCGGCCAGUCUACCUGCGACGAGAGUCUAAUCACGGGUGAGAGUAUGCCGGUGCCGAAGAAGAAGGGCUCGGUGGUGAUCGGUGGUUCGAUCAAUCAAAACGGACCGUUACUGAUCACCGCCACGCAUACGGGUGAGCAUACGACACUGGCGCAGAUCGUACGCUUGGUGGAAGAGGCACAGACGAACAAGGCGCCUAUCCAGCAACUAGCCGACAAGAUAGCCGGCUACUUUAUACCCCUGGUCAUACUAGUAUCCAUAGUAACACUAGUAAUUUGGAUCAUUGUCGGCUAUACGAAUGUUGACCAACUACCCAUUUUGCAUAACGACCAGAUUAAUAAGCGUGCCAUGAAUCGCGAGGAAAUCAUAUUUCAGUAUGCUUUCCGAAGUGCUCUAGCGGUACUUGCGAUUGCUUGUCCCUGUGCACUCGGUCUGGCCACACCGACCGCGGUUAUGGUCGGUACAGGUGUAGGCGCGCUGAACGGUAUUCUGAUCAAGGGUGCCGAGCCACUAGAAAAUGCUCAUAAAGUCAAAUGCAUAGUCUUUGACAAAACGGGAACAUUGACACACGGUACGCCAGUCGUUACCAGGAUUGGCUUAUUUGUGGACGAAAAGGUCUGUUCGUUAGGGACGUUGCUGCUGAUUGUCGGCACAGCAGAAAUAAACAGCGAACAUCCUAUCGCGUCAGCGAUCGUACGCUACGUGAAAGACACAAUCGGAUCAGCAGCUACUGGACAGUGCUCGAAUUUUCAAGCGGUUGCUGGCUGCGGUUUGAAAUGUAAAGUAUCUCAUUUAAACUCCGCGCUGUUUGCCGCGUUGAAAUCCGAGAAGAUAAUCAACUACAUGAAUGAGACAUACAAAGCGCCGGCUGGAACGUACAGUCUCAAUAAUGUGCCCAUCGAUAAUAUACCAGUUGUCGAGGUAACACAGGAAAAGCGAAAUAUAGAUCUGCAAUUACUCUUAAAUCCCGACUCGUAUCGUCCCGAGCGGUACAUGGACGUGUACGAAGUUUGCAUCGGUAAUCGAGAAUGGAUGCGCCGGAAUGCGAUCAAUAUCCCGCAGGAAGUCGAAGCGAGAAUGGUCAACGAAGAAGACCUAGGUCACACUGCUGUCUUAGUCUCAAUAAAUAAUAAUUUGGUCGCUAUGAUCAGCGUCGCCGAUACGGUGAAACCCGAAGCACAUCUCGCGGUCUACACCCUGAAGAAAAUGGGAUUGCAGGUGAUACUCUUGACAGGCGAUAACAGGAAAACUGCAGCUUCGAUAGCCAGACAGGUCGGCAUCAGCAGAGUUUUCGCGGAAGUGUUACCGUCCCACAAGGUGGCUAAAAUUCAACGACUACAAGAUCAGGGUUUAAGAGUCGCCAUGGUGGGAGACGGUGUCAAUGACAGUCCGGCUCUAGCUCAAUCAGAUGUUGGUAUCGCUAUCGCAUCGGGUACGGAUGUUGCUGUGGAGGCCGCUGACGUCGUAUUAAUGCGCAACGAUCUUCUGGACGUGAUCGCGUGUUUAGAUCUAUCAAGGAAAACGGUCCGUAGGAUAAGAAUGAAUUUCUUAUUCGCUAGUGUCUACAAUCUUCUGGGCAUUCCCAUAGCUGCCGGAGUAUUUAGUUCCUUUGGUGUCUUCCUACAGCCGUGGAUGUCUUCCGCCGCCAUGGCUUUAAGUAGCGUAUCAGUAGUAGGAUGUUCCUUAUUAUUGAAACUUUAUCGUAAACCAACCAAAGCCACGUUGGAAACUUCCGAAUACGUAGCAGCUAUGCAUGCCCAUUCCACAGCGCGAAUGAUCGAUUUGGAUACGAUAUCGCUCCAUCGUGGAUUGGAUGAUUCGGUCACGCCAGUUAUGAACAGGUCGACGUCCACACUGUCCAGAAUAUUUGGAAAGUCAAAGCUCGAGGCAGAGGGCCAUCUUCUUGGCGAGGAAGAUGAAAUUGAUUUAGCUGUGGAUUUUUCAAAUUAUCGUAAAAACGGGAGGAACUCUAUGGACAUAACUUCCAUAUUUAAUGAAGUACCACAAUGUGCAUCUAUAUAUAUAUAUAAUAUUUAAGGUGCAGAAUAUUUAAAAUGUACCUACAAAAAUUUUUAGCAUACAUUUAUGCUUUAUUUUUUCUAUUUUAUAAACUCUUAUUGUAAUUAAUAUUAUUUAAAAUAUAUUUGUAAUAAGUUUCUUCUUACAUAUAAAAUAUUUUUUGAAUAUUAAUAAAAUAAAAAUUAUAUAUAAUUAUAUUAUUAUGGUCACGAGGUCAACACUCGCGAGACAUAUGUUGUUAAACAAGAUAUUUAAUAAGGAAUCACAAGGAGCAUAACUACAAACUCGCUUAAUCGUAAUCUCUUGCGAAACAUCAAUUCGAUUUGAAAAUAUGAACCGAAUUCCGAAGGUUCUCUCGACAACAACA